UCCUGACUCCUCGUCCCUCCUUCCCUCCCUACCCCAGAGAAACCCCAUUCUCCUGAUCCGCCUCCUCAGGAGCUGCCUGCUCACACUCCCCUUAGCAUUAAAGCGCUCCAACUCAUUGGCCGUUUCCUCGAGAGUAAGCCCCACCCCGUCACACAAGACCCGUCACUCAUUGGUACCACUUCCAGUCACUCAGCAUUUCUUCCAGUUAAUUGGCCUUACCCUGCCGCUCCUUUCGCGAUUAGCGACCCUAUAAGGGCAAAUGCCUGUCCGAAUCCCGCCCCUGCCUUCUUGUUGGUCAAUUCCACGAUUAUAAUAAUAAGCAGAGAAGGGUGGUAGCUUUACGACGCUGGGUUGGUCUUUCGGAGCCGCGUUCUUUGGCCCUUCAGUACUUCUGCGGGGGGGGAGGGGUGUUAUUGAACCUGUUAAACGCGCCGGGAAGCUGCGGUACACGGAAGGGCAGCAGCUAGCCCCGGAUUGGUCAAAUAAAUUAGGGCAAGAACAGAAUUAGACGUAGAUCCUUUUCUCCUCAUCUCUCGGGCCUGGCCUGGAUCUACUACCCGCAAGCGUUCCCCCCAGUUUACCGUGUGACCUAGAGCCAGUCGUUGCCUGUUGCUGGGCCUCAGUUUCCCUACGAGGAAACAGGCUCAGAGGUUAAGUGACUUGGCCAAGGUCAAAAGCUAGUAAGUGGUGGAGCCAGGACUCAAACCCAGGAGCCAUGUCCACCUUGUUCCCCUCACUCUUCCCCCGUGUGACUGAGACACUGUGGUUUAAUCUGGAUCGACCCUGUGUGGAGGAGACAGAGCUGCAGCAGCAAGAACAGCAGCAUCAGGCCUGGCACUAUGACGACGAGGAAGAGGAAGAUGAAGAUGACGACGAGGACAGUGAAGAGGACUCAGAGGAUGACGAGGACAUGCAGGACAUGGAUGAGAUGAAUGACUAUAAUGAGUCACCUGAUGACGGAGAGGUCAAUGAGCCUCCUCUGCAGGUGGACAUGGAAGGCAACGAACAGGAUCAGGACCAGUGGAUGAUCUAGGUAGACAAGAAAGGGUGGUCUCAAGAAAGGGGGUCCAAGGACGGCCCUGGACCCCCUGCAGAACCAGCUGAUCACCCACCCCCAUGCCCCACCCCAGUGCCUGAAUCCUCAUCCUUGGGCACUUCCUCAGCUGCUGCCAGGACCUGAUCUUCUUGGUCCCUCCCAGGCCAUCAGUCUGCCCUUGAAUCCCCAGGGCCUAAGCCCAGCCCCCUCCCUUCUAGCCAGCACGUCACCCAUUGUUUGUCAGAUCUAGUUUUUUCUAACUUUCUUUAAUAAAGACACAGAACUGA